AUGAAGCCGGCUCAGCGCAUCUGGUCUCCAGUGCGUCUCUUCGGGCCGUCGUACAUGGCACCAGUUCGCCAGCACAGCCCAGUGCGGGCUAUUCCACCUCGCCGCACUGCCCUGGCUACGGGGAGCAUUCAACCAGGUGAACCUUCACCCCAGUUUGAGGUCAUGAGCACUCUGGAGCAGGUUCAUCAUACCAGAGAAUCUCCAAGAAUCUCCAUCUGGCCACUCCAUCUGGCCACCACAUCCACCCAGACAUCCACCCAGACACUCCACCCAGACAUCCAUCCAGACAUCCACCCAUACAUCCACCCAGACAUCCACCCAGACACUCCACCCAGACAUCCACCCAGACACUCCACCCAGACAUCCACCCAGACAUCCACCCAGACACUCCACCCAGACAUCCACCCAGACACUCCACCCAGACAUCCACCCAGACAUCCACACAGACAUCCACCCAGACAUCCGCCCAGACAUCCACCCAGACAUCCACCCAGACACUCCAUCCAGACAUCCACCCAGACAUCCACCCAGACAUCCACCCAGACACUCCAUCCAGACACUCCACCCAGAAAUCCACCCAGACAUCCACCCAGACACUCCAUCCAGACACUCCACCCAGACAUCCACCCAGACAUCCACCCAGACACUCCACCCAGACACUCCACCCAGACACUCCACACAGACAUCCACCCAGACACUCCACCCAGACACUCCACCCAGACACUCCACACAGACAUCCAUCCAGCCAUCCUCCCAGACACUCCACCCAGACACUCCACCCAGACACUCCACACAGACAUCCACCCAGACACUCCACCCAGACACUCCACCCAGACACUCCACACAGACAUCCAUCCAGCCAUCCUCCCAGACACUCCACCCAGACACUCCACCCAGACACUCCACACAGACAUCCACCCAGACACUCCACCCAGACACUCCACCCAGACACUCCACCCAGACAUUCACCCAGACACUCCACACAGACAUCCACCCAGACAUCCACCCAGACACUCCACACAGACAUCCACCCAGACAUUCACCCAGACACUCCACACAGACAUCCACCCAGACACUCCACCCAGACACUUCGCCCAGACACUCCACCCAGACAUUCACCCAGACACUCCACACAGACAUCCACCCAGACACUCCACCCAGACACUCCACCCAGAAACUCCACCCAGACACUCCAUCCAGACACUCCAUCUAGACACUCCACCCAGAAACUCCAUCCAGACAUUCACCCAGACACUCUACCAUAAAACUCCACCCAGACAUCCACCCAGACUCUCCACCCAGACAUCCACCCAGACCUCCACCCAGACUUCCAUCCAGACAUCCACCCAGACCUCCACCCAGACCUCCACCCAGACCUCCACCCAGCCACUCCACCCAGACCCUCCAACCAGACCUCCACCCAGACAUCUACCCAGAUACUCCACCCAAACAUCCACGCCACGUAUUUUCUAUUGA